UCAGAGUUACGAGUGUAUCACAACAAGAACUCUAUUAUUGGUCGAAUACGCUAAAAGAGUAGGCUAACUUUAAUAUAAUCCGACUGAACGUAAGAUCCAUUAAAUAUCAUAUAAAGAAACAAUUUUAAGAACCUCUAUUAUUUUGUCGUUUUAAUAACAGUUUAGUGAUUUCGUUCGUUCAUCGUUGUGCUGAGAAUUUCACUUGGAUUUGGAAAGCUUCUCUCUCUGGAAUAGAUACUCGAGGUUUUAGGCAGUGAACAAAACAAUUAAAAAUAUACUAGGUGCAUUACGUUGUAUUUGUGAGAUUUCCUAAAAGUUGAGUGGAACGUGAGUGGAACGAUUCAAGAGCAAAGAUGAAGAAAACAUAUUUUAAUCGGUGACCUUUUUACAUUAGAAGUGUCAAUAUGGAUACCAAAUAAAAAAUAUCCUGCACUUUAAUUGCUGUGCAAUUAACAGGAGCAUUUUAACAAUGGGAUACAAAAAGGCACCGCCAUAAAACUACCGACCUACCAUUUGUUUUGGUCGUCAUAAAACCAUUAGCGAUUGAUGACUUCCAUACAUAAAAAACGAAGGGCCGAGAAUGGUGCAUCUGUUCCAGCACAUAGCGAGGGCAUCCAGCGAUGAUCAGGUGGGGGAGAGCGAUGCAAGGUGGAGAUUCCCGUGGCCAGCUGGUGGAUCGGCCUCGAUCGUCCCGGCGGCGUUCAGCUAGUGAGCACGUCGCUUAUGUGGCGUGUGAUGUGUUUGCGAGAUGUCCGGCAAGCCGGCGAGUGUGGGCGCGGGGCGAGCGGGCGGGGCUGGCGCGCCGCGCGUGCUGGUGUACGUGGCGGAGGCGCGCCAGCUAGAGGCGGCUGCCGCGGGGCCCGACCCGCCGCCGCUCCCGCAUCCACCACUUGAUGCGCGUUACCUUCAUGAUAAUCUACCCCAGCAGCUCUCGCUCUCUAGGACAAGCGUCUAUAGAUCACCACCUGAUGCGGCUGACCAACGCGGUGCAUCUGGUUUUCAUUAUAAGCAUUUUAAUGAUAUUGAUAGCAGAGUGAACGCAUAUGGCGCAUCCAAUAGUAUAUUGGCUUCUGCCACCGAUGUCUACCCCCAAUUCCUGAAGGAAUCUCGUCUCCAAAGUGAAGAUAACAUUGACGAGGUGUCGAGUGACACUAUACUGAAGAGGGAGUGCGGUAGUACAUCAGACUGGGACAGCGGAGAUGCAUACCAUGUCACCAUACCAGAUACGAGGGAUGUGGCCUCUUACCGAGGUAGAUGUCAGGGGAAUCCAGAUAGUAUGUCAUCUGUGCAAGUAAAUCAUGGAAGCAGCCUGUAUACUGAAAACGGUGUAGUGCAAAGUGACGGGGAGGGAAUUGAUUGCAAUGACAGGGAGUCAAUAAAUAAGAGUUUUGUGAAUUACCAAUUGUUAGAACAGAGUGAAUCGCAUCAAUCUAUAGUGAAUCAAAGUAUAAACAUAUUGAAUCAGCAAGUGGGUGUGAGUAGGUCUCUAGUGAGUGAAGCUAGUGGGGGAGGAGGUGCACAGCUGGUGAGGACCGCUGAGGGUGUAGUGCUGGCUGUGCUGCCGCCCUCCAGUGAGACAGAAGUUAGGGCAGUGCAGUGUGAACCACAAACUAUUACUGUACCGCUCGGCUGGCGGAGGAUUGUUAAUGGCACCUCUGUUGUUUACAUAAGCCCCAGCGGCACGGCUCUGAGCACGCUGCCGCAGCUCCGGGACUACCUGCAGACGGCGGGCACGUGCAAGUGCGGCCUGCCCUGCCCGCUACGACCGGAGACCGCCUUCAACUUCGACCCUAAGGUGGUGAGCAAGCCGUACCAGGCGUCGGGCGCGGAGUCGGGCAAGUUGUGCAACCACAAGCGGAAACUGCUGGCCACGCUCCAGUCCAGGGCGCAGUCGCCCGCCGCAUCGCCGCCGCCCACGAUAGAACAGAAAAAAGGACCGGGUGCGGAAGCGACGAAAAAGAAAAUGAAGAAGCGGGCCGGUUUCGCCGCCAACAUGAGCGUGUCCCAAAUGAUGGUGCAAAGGGAGCGACCCCACAGCGAGCUCAAGGGUAACGAAAAUGAGCAGAAAAUGAGCAAUUCUUUCGGUGUGACUUUACAACGAGCAGGGAAUGCUCAGCCGAAUGCUCCUUACGCGCAAAAUAUGAAUGUUCAGGAGGACAUCAAGCAGGAGUCGCACGUCCAAAGAGGGCCGCAUUAUCUCACAGUCAACAGCGGCUGGAUAACCCAACACCCGGAAAACAUUGACGUCGCACAGAAAACGAACGCGCCGGGACUCAUGAACGCUCUGAGCGUCGGCGGCAUGCCCGUGCUGGGAACUAACGGCCAAAUAAUUGGCGUCAACACCGGCUACAAUAAACACGCAGCGAACAAAAACAUUGUAACUGUUACACAGCAAAAUACUAUCGAUCAGGAUCAAAAGUCGGAGGAAAAAGACAUGCUACAAUCGGUUAAACGGGCGAAAGAUGAGGAGCCUCAAAUAUUUUGCGGCCUCAAUCAACCGCUCACGCCGGAGGUCAUGAAGAAAAUUAACGAGCAGCAGCAGAUAUUCAUUCAACGGAACCAAAAACAAAUAGAAGUCAUGAAGGGAUACAAGUCGCAGGCGACUGAAGGAUACCCGAACAAAUCCCAGGGUCAGUUCCCACCUCAAGGGCAGCUAGUAAUACAGAACGGAGCCGUCAUGAAAACGAGCUCCGUGAAAACCCCGCCGUGGCAGGUGAAGAGAAAUGAUCUCUUGAGCCCGAAUCCAAAGCAGCUAAAGACGGAGGGAGAUCACGAGGACGCGGUCCCAGCGGAUGACGGCGGAGCCAUGACCUUCGCGAACGACCAAAUGGGCCCAGGAAUGUGCUCCCGGGUGCCUCCACUGCCGCAGCACUACAGUGCCAUGGGCCCCGGCCAGCAGUGGAACAACAUGGACGCGAGCAAGAAAAAGACCAAAGGUAGUAAAGGCGGCAAAAAGAAAUCGAUCGCCGAUAAUAAAUUGGUAUUCAACAGCAGCGGUGCCAGAUAUUUACAAGACGGGAAAACAAAGGCGUGCGAAGACAUGAUCGGUAACAAUCUGCCCUCGUUUAUGGACGAUCCGAAUGGCUAUUUAGCGCAGCAGACUGUUUUGUUGAACAACACGAUUUCCAGGCAGGUCGGUCUCAAUGCUACCUUCGAAGGAAAUCAUACGGAUAGUAGUAGUUUACCUUACGCGUCUAUGCAUCAGAUCGACAAAACUAAAAAUUUAACGAAAGCGGGUGAAACGGUAAACACGUUUAGAAAUAAUAUGGUUUCGAAUGCCUCCCCCUCGCCUAACAAUACCCCGGACAGCAGUCUCGCCUCCGUAGAAAAUUCGCAGUGUUGUAAAGGAUGCAAUCCCUCAAUUAAAGGGGGCUGCACCGAAACUGAACAUCUGACGAGACAUAAAUACGUGAAGCAGCCCACGCUGUACAAUUUAGAAUCGGACGGGGGAGUGCUGGGUAUGUCUAGUCCAAAGAGCGGAUUCGACGAGAAUCCUGUAACGUCCUCGACGUUCAUCGACAGAGGAAUGAUGAUGAACGAAAACUACGGCCCCAUUCAGGCGGGCAUCGUAAGUACGAGUAACGUCUCCCCCGAAACGUUGCAGCAGCCCGAGCCGUCGCCGACUCUGUCGAACAGCUCCCGUAGCACCGACACGCCGCAGAGUAGCCAGGGUAACAACUCCCACGUGCAGAACAACUGCUCGUACCCGCUGCCGAGCCCGGCCUUCCCCAACCCCGGCCCCGGCAGAGAUCAUUUCAACAGCAAUCCGUCUACCCCGGGAAGUAAUCCGACCUACCCGUACAAUUCGCCGGGACCGCCUAGCGCGCAGCCCCUCUGCGGAAAUCAGAUGAUGCACUUCAUAUCCAAUCAUAAUGUUAACAAAAAUCUGAUGGAAGUCGACAACAUAUCGAUGGUCGGCGUGAGACCGGCGCUGAAGAACCAGGAGAUGCUCAAACUGGAUAGCAAGAAAAGAAUGGAGAACAAUAUGCCCGGCUACUGCCCGCCGCCGCAUCUAGGAGGAGGACCCGCCCACUCCCUAAUACAGACCUACUACGUCCAGACCUUCGUCACCACCAUGGCGAGCGGCUUCUCGGUGACGAGGGACACCGUGACGUCCGUUUUAGCCGGUAAAGCUAAUACGGCCACCACCUCCAUAAACUCCUCGCAGGCCAACUUCGUGAGGCCCCCGCCGCCCCCCAGCGUCAACUUGGCGACCACAUACGCCAUCCCCAACAACCAGCCCGACCCCUUCUUCAACUCGGUCAACCUGCCGACCAGCUACCCUCUUCACAUCGCCGGCACGAGGGCUCAAAAUAUGAUAUCCAAGUCCCCGCUGGAGAUGGUCCAGAACGUCAUAAGUAGUCUACCAACGAAACCGGAGACGAGCGUCCCGCAAACUGUUUCCACGCCCCCGAAAAGAACCUGCUCGACGCCCGGCCAGAUCCUGAUAUCGUCUACCGGACAAAUUUUGGUUUCGAACAACACGAUGCCGCCGCCUCCGCCGAAGAAUAGCAGCACGUCCCCGGUGUCGAGCUCGUCGACCAGCGUCGCGACUUCCGUGACGCACGUCCCGGGGCCGGGCGGCGUGCCUUCGCUCGUGAACCCGCCCACGGUCGUGGUCAACACGCUGCCGGCGCCCUUCGUGAUACCCCCCAUGAUGGCGGUCGACGGGCAAGUCGUCCAGCAGAACAACGUGCUGCCGCAGAUGGUCGCCGGCGGCCUAGUUUCUAGUCAUCACUCCAACGACAACUCCCGCCAGGUCGAGGUUAAAAACGGGCAAACGUUUGUCCAGGGGGUGGCUAUGCUAUCGCCGGAGAGCAUCAAGAGGAGAAGCAAGAAAAAGAAGAGUACGUCCACCAAUAUCACGAACGUCCUUCAAAUAACAGCCCCACAACAGACUUCGAAUAAUAUUAUGGUCCAUCAUACCUCCCCCCAGCACAACUCGAACCCUCAGUUUUCGCCCCGGGGCUUCCAGUUGUCGCCGACUAACAACAUAUCGCCGACGCCGAUGCUCCAGGCUCUGACGAUAGUGCCCGGCAAGUCCGGGACCCCGGCGCACAUAGUAAUGAACGGCCAGGGGGCGGCGGCGGGCGGCUUCCCAUCUCAACAGAUCAUCACGAACACGUCGCCCUCGCAGCCCAUUAACUUGCUGCAGCCCGUCAACUUGAUCAACAACGCGAGCAACAUGAUGUCGAAUUUCCCGGCGUUUCAACAGUUCAUCCUGCCCAACCUGAGCGGAAUGGUCGUGACGCCGGACGGGACCAUAAUUCAAGACAACUCCACCGGCAUGCCCAUGCAGCUGCAGUUGCAGACCGUUAACGGGCAGAACGUUCUCACGCCGGUGCAAAACACCAGCGUGUUUCCCGGGGCGAACAGCGGCGUAGUUAUCCGAGCUCAGAACCAGUCGGGCAAGAUCAUUCAGUCCCAGCACAGCCCCGGCGCUCAAUUCCUGUCACCAAACAGCCAGGUGAUGGUCAACAGCCCGAACUUCAACGGCCAGCUCAGUCCGUUGCUCGCGAACCUGAGCCCGACGAGCGUGACGUUCAACACGAGCCCCCACCAGGUGCGGUCGGGGAACGUGCAGACGCAGGAGUUCAUUCAGACUAACCAGAUGGGCCAGACGCUGGUGGUGCCGCUGUCGCCUAGUAAAGUAUCCGCAAACGGAAAUAGGAGCAACUCGACGUUCGUGCAGCAGAACACGACGAUCGUCCAGCAGCAGACCACGCUCGUGUCCAACUCCCAGAACACUCAGAUGUCCGCCAUAUCCACCAACCUAUCGGGCGGGAACUCCUCUCGGAUGAGCGUAGACCAUAACGCGGUGGCGACGCAGAGGCCGGCGACCAAUCAGAGGAGUCGAAACUUCGUUCAGAUAGCCCAGGAGAACCAGAUCAUCGAGACGAAGGAGGAGAAACAUUACCGGGCGCAAUCGAACGAGACGGACGAAACCAACUCCGAGGCAUACAAGUUCCUGAACGAUUUCAACGCCCUGGAUGGUAUAAAUAGCGUGCGGCACUCGGUGUCGACGCAGACGCUGGUGAACCAGCAACGCGGCAAGUCGCCGAGCAGCCAGGCGGUCUCGGGCAGCAGCCCGCCGGACACGACCACGCACAGCCCGCUGGGGGCGCUCGAGACCGCCGCCAGCCCGCGCCUCUACGGCCCGCGGUGCGUCUCCACGCAGGGCAACUACGCCGACACCACCACUAAGUCCCCCGAGCCCAAUGACGUCAACUCAUCCGGUAUGGUGCAAUGUGUGUCAAGCAGCGAGCAGGACAUGGCGGAGUCUCGCGAGCGCACCUGGGCCGCGCCGCGCGCCGACAACACAUCCGAUACUGAGUCACACAAUAUGAUGUCAAACAUCCAACUGAUGCGGUUAAACCGCCACUUGCCGGUCGAGUCGACGGAGUACGGUCAGGCCAACAGCCAAGCGCUGCCCGUGACGUCACACCUGUACGACAGACACGGGUACAAGCGGAAAAACGACUUCGGGGACGGGUCCUCGUACAGGACCGACAAAAUAAUGCGGACCAACUACACGGUGGGGGCCAAAAACGUGUACGACUUGGGCAACCCUCAGGAUAAGAGGCACUACGCCCCCGGCAACAGCGCCGAGGGUAACAAAGUGUACGACAGGCAUUUGGGGCCGCGAGACGAUGUGGGCGAGUCGGGCCGACCGAGCACGCUCGGUGCGGGCGAUACGGACAGGCCGAGCAAGUGCGGCGCGGGCGAGUCGGACCGGCCGAGCAGGUUCGGCGCGGGCGAAUCGGACCGGCCGAGCAGGUUCGCGGGUGAAUCGGACCGGCCGAGCAAAUUCAGCGCUGGUGACCUCGUUUGGGGCCCAGUCAAAGGUUACGCGUCGUGGCCGGGAAAGCUGCAGGCGCGCGGCGCAGACGGGCGCUGGCGCGUGCGCUGGUUCGGGGCCGACCGCGCGACCGGCGCCGUCGACGACGACCGCCUGCUGACGCUCAGCGAGGGGCUGGAGGCGCACCACGCCGCACGCACCAAGCACAGGAAGAGCAGAAAGCUAAAUACACUUCUGGAGAACGCCAUUCAGGAGGCGAUGGCGGAGUUGGACAAGACGAGCGACGGCGAGCCCGGCCCCGAGCCGGCCCCGGCGUGCGGCGACAUGCCCGACACGCCCAAGCGGACCAACACCAAGGACAAGAGAACCAAACUCUACAAGAAAAGUAGCAAAGUCGACGCCACGCGCCUGCGCGCCGCGCGAUGACGCGACCUCGGUGUAUUCUGUGUUAGCUGUUCGUAAUCUUACCUCGUAAUCAUCACGAUAAUAUACAUUCUACAUUCUUUACGAGUAUAACUUAGCUGUCAGAUUAGUCGUUUGUGUUUUAUCUAUGAACCGUGCAAUAGUGGCACUCCCGUUGGGUGUACUGAUCUUAAAGAUACGAUAGAGUUCGACCGCGGUGAAUGUUUUAUUAAUAUAAUGAUGUAGAGUUAAGUGCUGCCAGUGAUCGAAUCACUCGCGUCUAU